CGAUGCGAAUUAUUAUCGUUAUUAUUGUCCUACGCGUGUGAUACCGAUAUAAAUACUCGUGUCCGGUGUUCGGAUUGAUCAGUACGGUUCACUCGUCCGAACAGACAACAGCGCCCGAUAUCGCACGACACAAUCGCUCUCGAACGUCCGGCGAUCGUUCGGUUUUCGGUGCUCACAACGUAUCCUACGGGACGACUCCAACAAGCGCCGCGAUACACGACAACAUGUGGACCGCCCUGUGCUUGAUAACCGUGACGCUGGUCGCCGCGUCCCAUCAACGGAUCCCGGUGAGCAACCAUCAAUAACCGUAAUGCCGUACGAUCCUUCUUUGCCGCUCGCCUUCUUUUCGGAGGGGCGGCCGCUCCUUUAAGACCGGUUCCCCGCUCCUCCGAGAGUACACCGUGAUCAUCCGCCGAGUCCCCGCAGUCCUCCGCUCCGUACCCGUUCCCCGCCGGCGAGGUCUUGCCCUCGCCGGCUACAGUCGUUUUCCCGUCGUGUUUCCGUCCGCUCCGGUCCUGUAUUUUGUCUACGGUAUCCCCGACGAUACGCGUUUACCGUACGGCUACGACUUACAUACGCGGGGGGAAUGGGUUUUGUUUUGUUUUUUUUUCCCCGGAAAUUUUAAGGUGUACGUGCCGAUCAACGCCAACGCCAACACCGCGGCCGGCGAACUCAGUCAGGCGGCGUACGUGGACUACGUCAACUGGUGGCAGAACAUCAUCGGCAUAAUCAGCAACACCGAGGAACCGGCUGCCGAGGCUCCGGUCACGCCGAUCGACCAGAGCACGUGUCCCCCGUGCAGUGAGUACAACGGCAAUGCUAAAUAACGAUUUCCUUUCCGAUUUGUUUUUUUUUUUUCUAAUUAAAAAUACUCGCACCACGUUACGUGCGCUUGUUGUACAGCCUGCGGAGCGCUGGGCACGAAAAACCGAAUCGUGGGCGGCAAUCCGACGUACGUGCGCCAGUACCCUUGGAUGGCGAUGCUCACCUACAAGGGAAAAUUCUAUUGCGGCGCUUCGCUCAUCAACCACAAAUACGUCAUGACGGCCGCGCAUUGCGUGCACGGGUAAGUGCGGGCCAACAGCGAACACGAAAUCACGGGGGAUUAACGUCGGCGGAGACGGCGGGGGUUACACGACCGACGAGGGGUCCUGUCGUCGCGCCGACGCGUCGUAAAAGCGCGAUAAUAUUGAAAGCGACGGGCCUUUGCCCGCGAAAUGACUUGUCGUUAAUGCGCGCAUAAUAAUGUCAUCAUCGUCAACCGAGUUCGGUCCCGAGCGUUUUCCGUACAAACUCCCGUCGCGUCAAUCCGUACGAGAAUCGCCGGACCGCCGGAACGUGUUUACGCGAUAUUCUCGGGAAAUCUUUCAACGUCCCCCCCCCCCCCCGAACAAACUCGAGACCUUGCCGCUCGCGACAACGACGUGGGCGGCUCACGCGCCGUUUCCUUUCAAACACAGAACCCCACGAACAACACGGGUUUCCGAUCCGAUAACCCCCGGGAAAAUAGACGGUUCAAACGGUUAUCGCUAUUGACGGUAUUUAAACCGUAUUCCGUCGUCCGCGGUUGGACGUGCGGGAGGAAUUUCGAGAGCGAGUUACCCGAAAGCAUCGGCCCGCCCGCACGGUUUGUUCGGGCGUUUUAAAUGCCUCGUCCGUUCCUCCGGAACACCGAUACACCGGCCAUCUACAUCCGCCCCCCCCCCACAUUCACCUCCCACUCGAGCCUGAUACGAUAAUACGGUACAAUAUCGAAUUAAAAAUCGCAUUAAAUCGCCAACAGGUUCGAAGGUAAAAAAAUCGGCGUACGACUUUUGGAACACGACCGUAGCAGCAACGACGAAUCCAAACACAUCGACUUCAAAGUGUCCAGGGUGAUCAAGCACAAGGGGUACAGCCCGACCUCGUACAACAACGACAUCGCGCUGCUGAGAUUGGACACGGAGGGCGUGGAAUUCGGUCCCAACACCGGUAUACAUCCGGUUUGCUUGCCGGUCGAAGGUAACCUACGCCCUAGCUGUUCGGAUAGCGUACGAUUUAUUACGCAUUGUUCCGGCCGUAAUGCCGUUUUGUCCGGUUCGCAGGUAAAAGUUUCAGCGGAUACGAGGGCGUCAUCACCGGUUGGGGAGCGAAAAAACAAGGGGGCUCUUCGUCGCAGAUACUGCACGAAGUGUACGUGCCGAUCAUGAGCAACGACGACUGCCGGAAGACGGAAUACGACCAGAAACGCAUCACGAACAACAUGAUCUGCGCCGGGUAUCCGGAGGGCCAGAAGGACUCGUGCCAAGUAAUUCGUCCAGUACAAUGGCUAUUGCAGUACUCGAACGGUUUUCGUUUUUCUCUCCACCCCAACCCCCAUCCACCCCUGUAAGGACGGAAAAAGAUUUUCGGUCCCGCCGCGUUCGGCAUCGCGAUCGAGCGGCGGCGGCAAAAGUCCGAUAACGGAACGAUAAGAGAACGGCGCGUUUCGCACCCGGCCGUUGCGCGUUUAGGUGGCGUUUCAAACGCAGUCGGCGGCUACGGAAGGGCCGUAAUAAUUAUCGCGACGUCAUUGACGCAGACGAUUAUUUAUGUGCCGAACCACGCAGUCGUCGCCGUUGACGGCGAACGGUUUCCGUCGUCGCGGUUCGGAUGUUUGUUAUUAAAUAAUAAUUUUACACGCGCACGGCAAUACCUUUCGGGUAACGCAUAACCGGCCGAAAAGUUUUAAUUAAUUUCGAGAAGAAAACGCGGCCGCCGUCUCGCUAAAUCCCGCGCGCAUUUUGUAUCGCAAUCGUGUGUAUAAUUAUUAUUAUAAUAUUAUUUCGAACAAUACUCGCGCAACUGAAUCCGACGCUUUCCCAACUUCUGUACACGUCUACCUGUCCCCCCCUACCCCCACUCUCCCCUACCCCCUACCCCCCGGCCGCUUUUCCCGGGCGGUAAACACAAUGCGUUCCGUACUUUCGCGUCGGUUACGGACGAAUCGUACGCGCGCAUUAAUUAGCGGCCGCGUCCGAAUUAAUUAAAACCGUUCGCGCGCAACCGCCACGUCGACGUCCUCCGCGCCUGCCUAUGACCCGCGUCAUCGCGCGCGUAAUAUUCGUUCGACAGCGAUGCGGAUUUUCGUUUUGUUUUUUUGGUUUUUUUUUUUUGUUUCCAGUUUGCGAUGAAAACUUUUUUGACGUGGGUCGGUAUACGCGCGCACAUUUCCAACGGGGCCCGCCGAUAUUAAUUAACGGUCGGUUAUUGUUGAGUACGGUUUACGGCGACGCCAAAGUAACAAUCGCGAACAGUUUUCGCAAUGCAUCACGACGAUUCCGGACGUCGGAUCGGACGUUUUCGAUUAUUUCGCGCGUAUUGCCGUUUGCACGCCCGCCGGGGUCGUCUCCGAAACGAUUGACGUCGGCAACGGCGUACGAUAUUAUAAUAAUAAUAAUAAUAAUAAUAAUAAUAAUUGCCGUCGUCGGUCCGCGGCAUAAUAAUGGCGGGUCGAUCGAGGGGUUCUCGGGUCCUCGGGAAUCCGGCUUUUACAAAGUCCCGGGUACUUGCGCCUGACCCGAAACUCCGAAUUAAAUUUAUCCGGUCGGGACGGUCGGAAUUGACGCGCGCGCGGCCGUUAAUUCGGACGAGGGUUCGCGCAGCGCACCCGCGGGACCGACCGAUAAUAUUGUUAUUAGAAACGCGGUCGCGGUCGAACAAUAUGCCAAACGCUUAAAACUCUAGUGCCGCCGAGUGCCUAGGUACCUAAUCGAACGAUUAAUAAUAUUAAUUGUCUUUUAUCUUUCGGAUCUCCAGGGUGACAGCGGCGGACCGAUGCACAUCGCCAACAACACGGCUUACCACAUAGUCGGUAAGUGGGUUUUCACCGUCGUGUAACGUCAUUACGCCUUUGGGUCCCGGGAAACAAUUCAAGGGUCGAUUUUCGUCGUGGUUUUUUUUUUUUCUAUAUAUAUUCCAUUUCCCUACCCCCUCUCCUUAAUUUUCUCGUACAUACCGCAAAUCUCAAUCGAUACCGGUACUUUACGUUUAACGAAAACGUCGUAUUUUUUAAACAAUUGAGCCGUUCAGCAAUUGUCAUAAUUUAAUUUGCUAAUUCUAUUGAAAACCAUACGCACAUUUACCAUUGACUUUUUUUCCCGGGUACCAAGGAUGUGUUAUACAGACGUGUGAUCGCGGUCCGAGUUUUAAAGUGUAUUAUUGUUACCUGUCGUUACUCCCUGCGCAGGUGUGGUGUCUUGGGGCGAAGGAUGUGCCCAAGCCAACCGACCCGGAGUGUACUCCAGAGUGAACAGAUACUUGAAUUGGGUGGCCAACAACACUGCCGAUUCCUGUCCGUGUACGAACGUUUACUCUCCGUCGACGGACGCUGCGGUGGGAACAGCGGCCUAUUAAUAAAUCAAAAACUCAUCGAUUUGAACAACAGAAAAAAAAAAAAAAAAACCUGCACGUUUUGGAUCUCACGAUAUUAAUUUAUUUUAUUAUUAAUCGAACAUACAAUCACCUAUUAUUAUUAUUUAUUUAUUUAUUUAUAUAUAUCAUUAUUAUUAUUUAUUAUUUAUUAUUGUAAUUAUUUUUGACGUUCAAAUAAACGACGAAAAACAUU